AUGAAAGUUCAUUUCCAGGGGGCCUGGUCAGCGCUGUGGCACUUUAACAGUGCUAUCGGGCCCCCUGAGAUGACAUCAGAGGCUGGGAGGAAGUCACUGCCUCGGUCACUCCUCCCAGCUUACACCAGGAGCCACACGGGAGAAAGAGGAGGGAGUGGGAACUCUGACUCCCAUCAGCCUGAGCCACUGGACCCCAGGGAAGUCACUCUCCUGCAGCUAAAAGGUAAGAAACAGGAGGGUGACUAAAACAUUUUGUAUAUGAAUGUAUUUGUUUGUAUGUAUGUGUGUGUGUGUGUAGGUAUGUGUGUCUGUAUGUAAGUGUGUUUGUAUGUAUGUCUGUGUGUGUGUUUGUGUGUGUCUGUAUGUGUCUCUAUGUCCGUAUGUGUGUAUGUAUGUGUGUCUCUAUGUAUGUGUGUGUAUGUUUGUCUAUGUGUCUGUGUAUGUGUGUGUUUGUGUGUAUGUGUCUGUAUGUAUGUGUGUGUCUGUAUGUAUGUGUAUUUCUCUGUGUGGGUCUGCAUGUGUAUCUGUUUGUAUGCAUGUGUGGGGGGGCAACGUAUGGGAGGGGGAGGUAGACGUAUGGGAGGAGUGGCGGGGAGUAGAUGUAUGGGGAGUGCUCCAGAGCAAUUUUCGCACCGGGGUCCCAUAGUUUCUAGUUACGCCUCUGAUCCUACUCCACUAGUCAUAUAAGGGUAGGCCACCUUCGACACCCCAGAUUUUGUGGACUACAUAUUAAGAACCUCUCACAUCGACAUGAGCUACCAUCAGGCUCUUUUCCAUGUGAGUGGUUAUAAAUCUUAUCUACCACCAAUAAUUUUAACUAGUACCAUCAGCACUAUAUAUGUCUCUUUUUUCUGUUUUUAAAAAAAAUAUAAUUGGUGUAUAUCGCUGUUUUACCCAUAUGUUAUAGGUGUAUGCAAUAUUGUACCAUUAUGUUUUAAGCGCUCCACUAUUUUAUAUAGGUUUUAAUCACUUAUUUAAAGUUCUUAUGUUGCCUUAUUCCUUUAAUAUUAAUAGUAUGCUAAAAAGAUAAUACAUUAUAAUAAGAUUCGUUUAUAUGUAUAUAAUAGCUUUAAAGUAUAGUAAUACCACAUUGUAGUUUCAUUAGAGCUUUGGUGUCCUAUACUAUUAUCAUUAUUUUCCAGUUCGCUUAUUUGAUUUCAGCAGGACUACAAAUCCAAUGCCAUCUGCUACAUAUGUCACUGUACACGGUCUAUGCCGUUAAUCACUGUGGAAUCUCAAUUUGCUUCCUUUUAUCCCAUCUCUUCCUGGAAACAGACAGAGAGCACAGUUUGAUUGCCUAACUGCGAGGGAUGAAAUGUUUUAUUUUAGACACUGAUGUCUUUGUUUGUAUCUUAACACUUUUAUUCUGAGCAAUGAGCUUUAGCCUCUACCUCUCUUGUAGUAACGGAACUAUAUUUACCACUGACACACUUUUAACCUCAGCGUGUUUUGGUUACUUUCAAUAUGGAGAGCAUUUAAAUGUAUUAAUUGCUGGUUCAUUAUUAUAAACGGAGUAACUUGUUUGUUAAAAAAAAAAAAAACAGGAUUAUUUACUAACGUCAGAAUUCAAGAAACUAAUUUUCAAUUUAGAGCCAAAAUAUCUGAAUUGGAACAAUCCUCUAAGUUUGCCCUAAAUUUGAAAUUCACUUUGAAUUAAUCUCACUUUAUAUAAUAAUUCUGAUAAGAGUUUGCUCACUAAAAAGUGAAGUGUGGCAAAACUGGAUUUAUACAGUUGUGUUUGAAAAUAAUUUUCAAUUCAGCUUUUUUUCACACGUAACUUUUUUUUAGUACACAUUUGGCAAUUCGGUUUGCAAAUCACCCCAAUGUUCAGUAUAUUAUCACAUCUGUGUUUUAGUGUAGUGUAUCAAAUUUAACUGCCAUAAUUCUAUACAAUAUUCUUAAUUAUAUAUGUUUCAAUACACGUUUUGAUAACAUUCAUUUUCACAGAGGAAUGUCAGGGUUAUUUACUAUGGUGAGAAUUCAAAAGUGAAUCCAACGUGAAUUUAAAAUUUAAGGCCAAUGUAGUUGAAAUGGAAGCAUAGCUGACUUAUGGCAUCCCUCCAAAUUAAUACAAAUAAAUAAAUUAAGCUAAACUUACCUGCAUUCUACCACUGAGGCCUAAUUCUCACCUCCGCUAAAUCCUUCUUUUCUUGACAUCACUACACCUCACUGUUAGAGAGGACAGACAGAGGGGAUGAUAUGAGUGGCACAGAGGUAGGGACGCCAUUGGACACCUGUCAAUAGAAUGUUGUGCAUGCUGAUAUCAGACAUCCAAUGUACACAGGAUUCACAUUGGUCUCCUUGAACUCUUGUUCAUGGCUGGCUAAUGAAGCUCCAAUGAUGCUGCUAGACGUGGAGUUCCAUCUCCAGCCACAGAAAGGGUUAAACUCUGUAUGUGCAGCAUUUCACAGCAAAACACUCCACAUACAGACUCCAAAAACCAUGACCACUUCAAAUAAAAAAUUUGGGAUUUGAACACUUACUAUUCAUUUUUGAAAGGUCACAAUCCCAUCCAAAUUUGCAUAAAAUACCUGUAGGUCAGGCAAACAUAUAGAGGAACACUACAGAACAUACCUGUAACGGAUCCCCUAUAUUCCGACUGAGUAUAUCCGUUGAAGUCUCCCAGGUCCCCGAACUGAAGCAGUGAUUAUAACUCUGAGCGACCCCAAACGUCAGCCUAGACUUGAUGAAGGGUACAAAUGAACUGGUCUAUUAUGGCCAAGUGGCCUGUUUAUAUACACAACUCCCAGCAGACGUCAAUAGGGGAGUGGAAACCAGCACUGGGAACUUCACCCGGUUCUGAAUUAAAUGUACGUUUAUACCUUAUUAAUUAUGGCUUUACAUAGGGGAAACCUAGUUACUAAUGCCCAAUAAGGCAUUAUAAAUACAUUUUAAAAAAUUACAAAAAUAUUAAUGAAAAAAGAGUACAUUUUUAAGGUAAAUGAUUAUUUUCAAGUUCAUGCUUUUUAGUGCUUACAUUUUGGACUUAGGAAAGGGAUGUUUUGCUUUUGGAUAGACUUAAGUGUAGAGUUCAGGAAAAAGGGGUGUUUAAAGCAUUUUAAGUUUGAAUUGUUAUGUGCAUAGUCUCACCCUCCCAUGCCUUCUGCGGUCAAGUCAGCCUCCUAAGAUUGCAGUUCGAGUUGUAGGAGCUGUUAUACAGUGUGCAUCACUGAGUGCUUCCCCUGCUAUUCCUGCAAGGCAUUUCCCAUGUGAGAGGCUGUAAGUGAGCAGAUGGGUAGUGAUCCCUUCCACUUCCUGUCCAGCCUCAAACACAGAUACUGGGCAGCUUUGAGCUUUAUGACACCCAUUGUAAAGCGCUGCGGAAUUUGAUGGCGCUCUAUAAAUAUCAUAAUAAUAAUAAUAAUAAUCUCUUACUGCUCUGCAAUCAAACACAGGAGCCUGACUGGACCAGAAAGGACUAUGGCCAAGGCUCCUGGUACUUUUCUCUCCCCACUAGCCCAUUUAAGCUCACAAAGGUACAUUAUAAGUGCUGAGAAUAGGUGUCCAGUACAGUACACAGGGCAAGUAUCUAUUCUGCCUAGAACUUGUUACUAGUUAUAUAUAGUUCAUAUUUAUUUUUCUCAUAUUAAGAACUUUUAAUGUCACAUCAUUUAUAUGUGAUUAUAGUCUCACAUUCUGUGACAGGGAGUGGAAAACCCAAGAUAAAAGAAAGGAUCCUUUCAUUAUGAAUCAUGCGGAUUAGUGAUGAGUAUAAGGAAGCAGUGAUGCUGAAAACAUUUAAGUUUAUAUAUAAAAAGGGAAAGGAACAGGUCUUCCAUUAACAUUACUGCAUCACAAGUUUAAACUCUAAUCAGUUGACCCACAUUUCCUGGAGGGAAAAAUGGCAUAUGGUACCCAUUUAUCAAACAAUCGUCUUAUGACUUCUCUGCCCUUACAUGGUAUAGCCGCUUAUGCCAUCUCGACCAAGUAUAGACUAAAGAAAGAAAAAGUAAAACAACAAUUUGAAAAGCCCUUCACUGAAUGGGAAAUAGCAAAUAUCAGUAAACAACAGAGAUGAAUAAAAACACUCCAACAGGCAUCUCAAAAAACAGUAUUUAUAGGGUCCAUUUGAUGAGUCUGUGCCUUCCUCCAGGUAUUCUGCCUUAUUCAGUGUCAUGUGACCACUAGGUUCAAAGGGUGCACCUCCAUCUUCUAUGUGAGACUGAAUCAUGUGAUCUCAGCAACAUCGUGUAACACGGUUCCAGCCAGGGGAGGGCUGGCAACUUGUGACCUGGGUGAAAAAAACUAUUUAGUGCAAUUUUACUAACCACAUUCUAUGCAUUUGAGCAUUUAGAUGUCAAAAGUGAUUAGAGAACAGCCUGGGGAGCAGUUGACACUUGGACAUCACUAAUCAAUAAGGGAGAUUUACCCAACCAGCAAACAUUUAGUAAAAAGAGUUCUGAACGAUUUUCUAGCAAGGGAAUGCUAUUAAUAGAUUUAAUGAACAAACCUUGUAUAUCAUGCCAAUGAGCAGUAAAAACUUAAACCUUUUAUAUCAAGACAAUGAGUAGUAAAUACAUAGGCUAAGUAUAUGUGCUUUUGUCUACCAUAGUCCCUAAUCUGUAUAUAAUGAAAUGAGUCCUACUUGUUCCAAGUUAUCAAAGUCCCUGGCCGUCAUCCCUGGAGAAACUUCCUUUAGUUUCGGGGCCAUUGGAGAAGGGCAACUUGCUAACACUUAUUUCAGCCUUACCCGAACCCAUAGAUUUAUAGAAUGUAAUAUGGCUGGGCAUUCUGUCCUGAAUGGCACCUUAUGUGGUUUGUUUAGACCGAGGAAAAACGGGGGUAAAUCUGCUCCCGUAAACCCCAAUUCAAGGUCCACCCAGCACCUUUCUCCCGAAGGGGCAUGCCAGAGACAAUUGGCUGCAAAUCGGCAGCUACAUAGAACAUGUAAAGGUGUUGAACACCCAGUCCCCCAGGCAAUCUAGGGCGGUAUAAUACUUUAAUGGCACUCCUAUGGCAUUUGCCACCCCAUGUGAAUAUAUCUAUAUCCGACUCGAUUCUAUCCAACUUAGCGCUUGGGACCCCCACCAUCAGAGCCUGAAAGAAAAACAGUAGACGUCGUGGUAAAUGUAUCAACAUUGAAAGGCGUUUGAAAAAAAUGGGAAAGUAGUAACAGCAUGAGUGAUUUCAUUUAAUUAUUAUUACUUUUAUUUAUAUUAUUUUUAAUAAGGUUAUUAAAGGUUAUUAUUCAAUUUUCAUGCAUCAUUUCAGAGUCAACCUCAUUGGUGCAGUGGGAAAAUGGACCAGGGAGCUGUUCCUGCAUUGUUUCCACCAUCUCUAAAGUGAAGUUCUACUAG